UCAAAGAUUAAAAAAUAGAAAGUUCUGCUUUUACUAAUUUUGGUGAAAUUAUUGCCAAUCUUAUCCAUAUACAAGAUAGAGAUGGAUAUUGACCAUGGUCAUUACUAGAUUUAGUGAAAUAAUAGCAAAUAUUAAACCAUUUCAAAAACAAAAAGGGAUAUUGGUGCAUGUAUAUAAGCAGGAGGAUGCAAUGGGGUCGGCAAGUGGGAUAAUUUAGGGUGACAUUCGCGACACCAUCCUUCUAGCCAAUUUGAAGCCUUUGAUCUCAUCAAGGUUACAAUGAAGAAGGAGGUGCUGAUCGUGGGAGCUGGUCCAUCAGGCCUUGCCACUGCUGCAUGCCUAAACAUGUUUUCCAUUGCAAACAUCAUACUAGAGAAAGAGGAUUGCAGUGCUUCUCUUUGGAGGAGGAGGGCAUAUGAUCGUCUGAAGCUUCACCUUGCCAAGCAAUUUUGUGAGCUGCCGCACAUGCCUUACCCUAGCACGUUUCCAACCUUCAUACCCAAGGAUCAAUUCAUCCAGUACUUGGAUAACUAUCAAGCACGUUUCAAGCCGAAUAUUGUUUAUUGCACUGUUGUUGAUUCCGCUAAUUAUGACAAAUACAAAGGAACAUGGAGCAUAAUGGCUUGGGACAAGGUCACGGGGGAGGUCAAAGAGUACACGGCAAAGUUUCUGGUCGUGGCCACCGGAGAGAACGAUGAAGGGAUGAUACCAGAUAUCCCGGGUUUGAAGACCUUCUCUGGGGAGGUCGUCCACUCUUCUUUUUACAAGUCGGGGGCUGCUUACGCUGGCAAAAAUGUUCUUGUUGUUGGAAGCGGUAACUCAGGCAUGGAGAUUGCUUAUGAUCUCUCAAACUUUGGAGCAAAAACCGCCAUCACCAUCCAAAGCCCGGUAACUAGAUUUACCUUGAAACAUGCUCGACAUUAGUAUUACAAUUAGUUUUAUAGGGGUUUGUAUGUUUUAUAUAAGUAGUUGUAUCCAAUAUUUCAUACUUGCAAAUAUAAUCA